GCCCUCCGCCCGCACUCACACCAUGAGCAGCGGCCUGAAGCCAGACGGCGAGCUCGGCCCCAGCGCGGGCUCCGGCGGCAGCCUGGAGGAAGAGGUCCGGACACUGUUCGUCAGUGGCCUCCCCGUGGACAUUAAGCCCAGAGAACUUUAUCUACUUUUCCGGCCAUUCAAGGGUUACGAAGGGUCUCUGAUCAAGCUCACCUCCAGACAGCCUGUUGGUUUUGUGAUCUUUGACAGCCGGGCAGGAGCCGAAGCAGCUAAGAAUGCACUGAAUGGUAUUCGAUUUGAUCCUGAGAACUCACAGACCCUGAAGCUAGAGUUUGCCAAAGCCAACACCAAGAUGGCCAAGAGCAAGCUAAUGGCAACACCAAAUCCUGCCAACGUUCACCCCGCCCUCGGAGCACAUUUCAUCGCACGGGACCCCUAUGACCUGAUGGGGGCUGCUUUGAUCCCUGCAUCCUCAGAGGCCUGGGCUCCUUACCCUCUGUACACCACAGAGCUGACCCCGGCCAUCUCCCAUUCAGCAUUCACCUACCCUGCUGCCACUGCUGCUCUCCAUGCUCAGGUGCGCUGGUACCCCCUCCUCUGAUAGCGCCCAGCAAGGAUGGAAGUACCGCCAGUUCUGUUAGUUUUUUUUGGUCUUGUUCACCAGGGAGUUGGUUCUGGGACUGUGUGGUGGGGCCAGAGCAGGACCCGGACUUCCAUUCCCCGCAGCUUUUGCACAGCUGCCGCUGCCCUGCCGACACUGUGAAUCUUAAGCCUGCCUCAGCGGACCCCUCUCCCCUUCCCCAGCCCUGCUCCGCCCCACCCCACAGCCUGGCUCCCAAACCUUCCAGGCCGAUUGGGGAACUUCUGGCUGAGACACCCCAAACCCUGCUCAGAGGCCUCACUAGGACCCCAGCCUGGCCUGACUUUCCACACAAACUCCCUUCCAUAGCUCUCCCCUCAAGGGAACGAGGCGUUUAAUUUUGCAUGUUCUCUGGCACAGCUUUAAGACACUUCAAACUUGUGUAUAUGUGAGUGUACACUGUUCCCACACUGUCGCCAUAGCAACAGGUCCUGGCACUCAGGGUUCAUCAUGCCUGGUCCUCUCCACACCCGGCCUCCAGACCCACCCUGAGCCCAGUGGCCACUUCUCCCUGAGGGCCCAGCGCCCACACCGUCCCCCAACAAGUCUAGGCUUGACCACUCCCCCAACACCCCCCCCCCCCCCCCCACCACCUAACAUGUACACCGUGUGCACCUUUCAUGCCUCGUCCCAGGCCACCUUCCCUUCACCGUCCACCAACCCCACACACAGACUGUCCUCCCUGGCCUGCUCCUCCCCAAGCCUCCAACCAAAACGUGAAAGUAUUUUUGUACCCCGUGUAACAAAAUAUUUAUGCAUCAUAAAGGACUUUUUCAUGUGUACCGUUAAUUAUUGAAGAGACCUCGUUCGCCCUGUCGGAUAAGUUUAAUGUUUCGUUUGAGGCCUGUAGAAGAAGAAAAGGUGUUUUUUUUUUUUUAACCCCCCUCUUCUUCAGCAGUGGGCCUUCUUGUCAGGCGUUGGUUUAAGAAAGAUGAAAUACAGCAGGAAUUGUGCAAUUUUGUUUUCUUUUGUGAGCCUGUCAGGGCUUCGCCUUCAGCCGUGCAUCUGACUGCCCUGCCCUUUCAGACUUGGGAGACAGGGCGGCUGUUGUUGUAAUUGCUGAUCCUGUGAGAAUGUGAAACUGGAUAAUAUAUGAAUUGCAAAAUAAAAAAGAAAAAAUUUAAACUGA